AUGGCCGACGGUGACGGCGCCAAGAUUGCGAGAAAACAUCAUCAACAAACGCUGCAAAAGAACAACGCAGCCUCCAUUGAGGGGCUGAGUAUCGACCGCCGCGGCAACGCUGCGCCGUCGAAAGCACAGAAUCCAUCAAGUUCGCGCGCAGGUGCCCGAGCAGCGACAAACCGGGCCGAAGACGGUCGUACCGCCGGUCGCAAGGCCGCGACCGCCGUCCCCGUGUCCAAGGUGACCCCAGCCUCCGCAUCAGGCUCCGUCCGGCCCGGACAAGCGCCAGCGCCAGCACCACAGGCCAGUCUUGAUCGGACCCCGGUCUCUCCCACGCAGAGUCUCAAAAGGUACAGCUCGGGUGAGCACAGCCCGCCUAGGCGCUCAAAGGCCCGUCCCCCUUACUCAGCCUCGGCCUCGGCCUCGGCCGCCCCUGAUGACCUAUCGAGACCCAAGUCGACUAGGACUCUAUGGAACCCCGACACUAGUCAGCCCAACCCGAGCCCCAGGACAGGGGGUACCAAGGGCAAGGCACAUCAGUCCAAUGCAUCGACCAACAAGACAGCUCGCCCAGCUUCCUCCUCUGGCCAUGCACCUCCCCAGCAACCACAGGACGAUGCUCGAGGCACCAACGCCAGCAAGAACAAAGACGACGCUAUCACCAUCAUCAAACAGCCAGAGACACGGCCCAUCAGCCAGGAGCAGCUUGUCGCCGAAGUCAAGGGCAUCUACGCCGGCCUUGUCAUGGUGGAAAGCAAGUGUAUCGAAGUCGACAACUCGCAGAACACAAAGGAAGGCGCCAUCCCCCUCAAUGACGAGCAAUGGCAAGCCCUCAUCGCCCUGCAUCGAACCUUGCUCCACGAACACCACGACUUUUUUUUGGCCAGCCAGCACCCUUCGGCAAAUACCGCCCUGCGGGCAUUGGCCGAGCGCUACGCCAUGCCCGCCAGGAUGUGGCGACACGGCAUCCACUCCUUUCUCGAGCUGUUGCGACACCGGCUACCCGAAUCUCUCGAACACAUGCUGUCGUUCAUCUAUCUGGCGUACAGCAUGAUGGCUCUCCUUUGCGAAACUGUCCCCAAGUUUGAAGACACGUGGAUCGAGUGUCUCGGCGACCUGGGACGGUAUCGCAUGGCCAUCGAGGAUGACAGCAUGGCCGACAGGGAGGUCUGGACUGCCGUCAGUCGUCUCUGGUAUAGCAAGGCAUCCGACAAGUCUCCGACGACCGGCCGGCUUUACCAUCAUCUGGCCAUUCUUUCCCGGCCCAACGUUCUCCGCCAGCUUUUUUACUACUCCAAGUCCUUGGUCGUUCCGACUCCCUUUGUGAGCGCUCGUGAGUCCAUCUUGACGCUUUUUGACCCUGUUCUGGCCGAACAGACUAGCCAGUCCGGCAAGUCCAGCCGCCUGCAUGAGCUUGAUAUGCAUUUCGUCUGCCUUCACGCUGUCCUUUUCAAAGGCACAGAGCAGGAGAGGUUCCAGCCUGCUUUCGAUAGCUUCAUUGGCGGUCUUGAUAUCCAGAUUGCUAGGUAUUCCCGCCGCUGGCUCGAACCAGGUUACUACAUCGGCAUCUCGAACACCUGCGCUUUGCUCAACUACGGUGACCCCUCUAGCACACUUCUGCGUGCGAUGGAGGGCGAACUGUCGGCGGACUACCCGAUGGAGACGCCUGAGGAUAAUGAUCGCUUUGAAAAGGCUCUCCAGCUGAAUUACCGAACCCACAGAGUGGUAUGGCGCCGGUUCGGUGACCCUAGCAUCCUGGCCUACCUUCACACAACCCUCGUUCCGAUUUAUCAUCUCAUACGUUCGCGGAACACCAUUGGCAGGCUGGAGGCUAGCAUUCCGUGGAAGCUGCUAUCAGUUCAGCUCAACACUAUCAUUGCAGCGUCUGGCAACACCAUACGUUUUGAGGACCACGAAUUCCCAGGGCCAAUAAAGGGCGAGUCGCCUCGCCCUCUACCCGAAGACUUCGCUAUGCGUGGUUUGAUUUGGACCAAUACAUACUUUCCACCCAAUUGGUUCUCUAACGAUAAGAUCGACGAUGACGAAAAGUAUUUUGAGGUUGCGUCCAUGACGGAGGAAAGACGCAUCCGGAUAUUGUGGAUUGGUUGCCAGAUUGCGCGGCACGAGCGAUGGCUGCAAUAUGAUUUCAAGACGCAUCAAUUUGCGGUAUCCCCCGAGUAUGACGAGAACAUUGACGAGCUUCCUGCCGCUGCUGAACAGGUCGCCCCGGCGGAGGAUGACGAGGCCAUGACGGAGGAGCAGACAGCCACUGACGAGCAAGACGUGACGGCAAAAGCCUCGGAUCUGAUGGACGUUGAUGAACCGACUGUGUCACAGCCGUGAUUUGACAUUGGUGCAUCCUUGGACCUGUGCACCUUGUGACGAACCAACUCAACUCGCAAGGCGCGACGAGGACGUUGAAGGUAACACCUUUCACGCUAUCGCCCUUGCAUUUCUGAUGCGAGAUCCUCUGUUCUCCGGCAACGGAGUUCCUCUAUGCCUCACACGACACUCCCCAUGACCUGGGAGAUUUGUUGCCAGAAAGAAAAACUGGACCUUGAGCAUCAUCUUUGGAUCACUCUCCAUCUCCAAAACUAGGUCUUGAGACUAAUACUCUCCUUGCCCAACCCUCCUGGACUUGUUGGAAUCUCGGUACUGGCGAGAGCACUCGAGACCAAUGUUCGUGCAACGACUUGGAAUAAGCUUAUGCCUCGAGAAUCACACGCGAAGGACAAACUGUAUACGUUAAAGAGGACUCGUACCUGUCGCCUUGGGUGCGGACUCACCUAUCUCAUCUUUACGGCCUUUUCGAAUAUUGCUUCAUCAGCACAAAACCCACAAGCCGAAACUGCUAGUCGUUUGACGACCAGUCUUGAUUACCUGCGGUUUCCUCACAAGACAUCAUCGGAUCAAACCAUGGUGGUCACAACCGUCAUUCUCUUACUCUGAUGGCAACGGCCGCCACCGGGGCCGCUGCUCGUAUACGUUUUCUUUUCAUUUAGUUUUUUUUAUCUUUUUUUAUUAUUCACCAUGUAUGGCUAACCACUGGUCACUACGGGCUAUUUUCAGUUUGUCAGGAGACAUCUCAUUGUAGGGUAGAUGGGUCUCCUCUUUUAGGGGGAAUGUUCUUUCCGGAACUACAGCCACUCGUCGUCGAGUUGACUUCUUUGGGGGGAACUGAUUCAUCCUGAUCUAGAAUAAGCGACGAUGGUCUCUGAUAGUAGAGUCAGAGCACGAGUAGGAUACACCGAACCAUUCGUGAAGACCAGCUAUCCAUGCAUGGGACCUAUUGCAGCAUUGCUUUAGGGGGUUAAUUAAUGGGUUCACACGAGCGAGUACUAGAGAGGGACGAUACUAGUCCAACGAAGAUUGCUAAUAGCUAGAAAUACACAUGAAUGAACUCA